ACGAACGCAUUAACGGAAAACAGACGAAUCUUUCGAGUAUCGAAAGUGUAUCUCGAUCACCUUAUCUUAACAAAGGAACUGCAACACCGUGCUCCACGCGCAAUUCCCUGCAUCUUACCGGCAUCCUCCCGCCCGCAGUAGAAACUCUUGAACAACAAAAGAAACGCGCAUUAAUCCAAUUGCGUGCCAAGUCAUCAUCUUUAGAAAAAUACAUGUUUCUAGCUUGGCUAAGAAACACUAAUGUUAGAUUAUUUUAUCGUAUCAUUAUCGAUGAAUUGGAGGAAUUGGCUCCAAUCAUAUAUACUCCAACUGUCGGUACCGCUUGUCUAGAAUACUCCCAUAUUUAUCCUUUUCUCGCUCCGCCAGGUGUACCGGAUGGAUUAUACCUUUCUAUUGACGAUCUCCCAAAUUUGACUCAAAUCAUUAAAAAUUAUCGUCCAUAUCCAUUUAGUGAUUCUUUGACCCCACAGAUCGCCGUUAUCACCGAUGGUUCUCGAAUUCUGGGUCUAGGUGAUUUGGGUGUUAAUGGUAUGGGUAUUCCUAUUGGUAAACUUCAACUUUACGUUGCUGGUGCUGGUAUAGACCCACGACGCACUUUACCCAUCACUAUUGAUCUUGGAACUAACAACGAAAAAAACUUGAAUGAUGAAUUUUAUCUCGGUAUCCGUAAAAAUAGAGUAUCCGAUGAUGAAGCCUUUGAUCUGUUGACCAAGUAUCGUGACAACUUGUUUUGUUUCAAUGAUGACAUUCAAGGCACUGGUGCUGUCAUUCUAUCGGGUUUCAUCAAUGCUGUACGACUCGUAGAAAAGGAUGUUCAUCCAACUCAGCAUAGAAUAUUAUUUUUCGGUGCUGGUUCUGCUGGUGUUGGUGUCGCAAAACAAUUGCUCGAAUUCUUUAAAAUAGAACAUGGUAUGUCUGAAGAAGAUGCCAAAAAAUUGGUUUGGUUGGUUGAUACAAAGGGCCUCGUUACUUGCGAUCGUGGCGAUAAGUUGGCCAAGCAUAAGGUUUAUUUCGCCCGUAAAGACAAUGAGGGUCAUCAAUUUAAAACUCUUAUGGACGUUAUUGAAUAUGUCAAGCCUACCGCUUUAAUAGGCUUAAGUUCUACCGGUGGUGUAUUUGAUGAAAAUAUAUUAAAACGUAUGGCUGAACUUAACAAAAACCCUAUCAUCUUUCCAUUGUCCAAUCCAAUGGUAAACGCGGAGUGCACUUUUGAAGAUGCGAUGAGAAAUACCGGUAAUCGUGUCAUAUUUGCUUCGGGUACUGGUUUCCCUCCAUACAUUGAACCUGAUACUGGAAAAAUACGCCCUGGUCUAGGUUUAGGCGCAAUUCUUGCCCGUCCUGAUCGAAUUACUGACCGCCAAAUAUACGCUUCUGCUUCUGCACUCGCUGAGUCACUUACUCCUGAAGAAGUCGAUCAAAACUUCCUUUACCCUGCAGUUCAACAAAUUCGACGCGUAUCAGCUCAAGUAGCUGCAGCUGUAAUCGUAACAUCUGUGGAUGAAGGUCUUGCUC